AUGCCGCCCCACUGGCGCCAUUCCGAAGCCAAUGCCAAUGCCAAUGCCACUAUUAUUACUGUCGCCGCCACUUGCGGAAGCGUGAAAUGCCUGUUCGGCUCUCUGCGCGUCUCCGUUGACACUGGCCUAUGUGGCAGCUAUGAUAAACUUGGUCCCAAGGGCAUGAGGACGGGGAGGGAUCCAGAAGUUCCGCUCACCGUCGACCUGGUGGCGAAGGAUCAUGCUCGUUGCCGGAACACCAGCAGCGCCGUCAUCGAUAGAGCCAUCUUCCCGUGGCUGUCUUCCACGCCCUGGUGGUUAAGAGCUCUAUUCGCGACUCUUGCUGUCGUGUUAUCCCCCUGGAGGAUCAAGCUCCUCAACCUAAUGUUGUGGGUGCAACUGCAGACCAUCGUUCUUCGCCCAUGA